AUGCCCACGCAUGUGUGGCCGAGGGAAGGGGAGCAGCCCUGCCGGCAGGACGAAGCAGCGAUAGAUGCAGCGAUAGAUGACUUCCUGUCGGAAGCCCACGCGGCCGCACCCAUCUUCGCCGGCAUGGUUGUGGAGAUCAUGCCGGAGACCUCCUCCGCACCGCCCGAUAUCCGCAAGAGGUGGUGGGGGCUUGUAGGGACCAACAACAAGGCCGUGACGAGACAGGGCGGUGGGGGGGCGGGAACCGGCGAUCACGGCGAUCGGGUGAUGCUCGGAGCACCCCGUACGGGGACGAGGGCGAUACCCGUGGAACGAUCGCGGGUGGCGGAAGUCCAUCGUGUUCCACGUGAGGGUCCUGGACGCAUGGGCUGCGGCGGACAGCAAAGAAGGCGUCCAACGACAGCAGCUUCGGCGCAAGCUGGAGCGCCGCGCUCACUUCGCCGGCUUGGGCCUCGACCUCCUUCCUGUAAGCCUCGAAAGAGGUCGAGGCGGCUUGGGGGUUGUGGACCGCCGGUGAGGAGAGCGCGGCGCUCCAGCUUGCGCCGAAGCUGCUGUCGUUGGACGCCUUCAAAGCGCACCAUCAACUUGCCCAAGGGCAAAAAGUUCCCCCAUCUGGAGGACCUCCGCCGCCGGUGCAACGGCAUCCCGCGGUGA